UUACACUUCAAGUAUGUUAGUCACGUGUCAUCGGCCGGAAGCGACCUUUGUACCACAGAGAAGGACGCUAUUUGUCCAGAAUGGACAUCUUCCCAAAGUGCUCUGUCUGUCAUCAGCAGUUUGUCCUCAAAGGCCCCGCCCCCUACCUACUGCCCUGUCUACAUGCUGUGUGUGAGACGUGUGCGACAUCUGCAGCUGGUGGUGUGAUAUCAUGCUCUACAUGUCAGACGGAGGUCAACCUCACAGACACAAGCCUCCAGAAAGAUGCAGUGAGACAGAAGGAAAUAUUCCAUCUCACAGUCCAACAUCGCCCCACAGAGCUUCUCUGCACACACGAAGAUGACGGCAACCAGGCUGUGUGUUGGUGUCGGGAGUGUGCAGAGCUCCUCUGUGAAUACUGCCAGAAUAUGCACAGCGACUUCAAACUUACCAGAAAACAUGUACUUCAAAACCUCAGCGACCUUAAACCAGCUGUCUCAAACAUUCCAACCCCUUGCAGUAUCCACAGCCAUGACUCUCUUUAUCUUUUUGAUCGGAGAUGCAACAUUUUGAUUUGUGGAAGAUGCAGAUUUGAAGAUCACGCAGAUCAUGAAGUUGAGAAGGUAGAUGUGGUAGCUGAAAGUAUCCUCAAACAGAUGGACCAACACAAAACUGGGCUGGCAACCUUACAAGCUCGCCAACAGUCCAACAUUCAGAAUAUCAGACGAGGGACCGACAUCACAGAUACAACGCACAACACGUUGAAAGAAAAUAUUGGCCAUACUUUUAGAACUCUGCGAGCACAACUUGACCAACGAGAGAAGGAACUUCUGACUGAUCUUGAAGGUCAGACGAAGGCGGCCAAGACAAGUCUCCGUACUCAGCUAAACACAUGUGAAGAAGCUUCGAAGAAAUGCUCUGAGGUUUUAGACUACGUCACCAAGGUUAUCACGUAUGCCUCACAAUCAGACCUCCUGGAGUUGGAGAGUUCUGUAAGGGAGGCAGCUAGGGCUUUCCUUGACACUGUUGAGACUCAAACACAGGACAUACCCGCAGCUGUCUUUAACACCAACGGCUUGUCAAAGCUGAAAUCAAACAUAUCACGAUUUGGGGCUGUCGUGACCAAGGACAUGGAAAAACAAUAUGCAAGAGACAAGGAAACUCAAACUGAACAUGACUUCAUAGCUGAAAUGGAAAUCAAAUAUAAGAACAGCAUCGAUGAGAACGAAAACAUCGUGAAGAGAGCCUCAGAAACCACACAUUUCUUGCUUGGGUUGCUCAGUGAAUGCGAUGUUCACCUGCUGAAACCAGACGCCUUGGACAAGUCGAUGGUGCUAAAUUGUAUACAUCUGAAGUAUGACACAGAUAGAAUUAACCUUAACCGCACCCACAUCAACACAGAGGGAGACUUGAUCAACAGCAAGUCUGACACCAGGUCUGCAGGAAAGAGACUGACAAACUACGGGGGCACGUGCAGUACUAUCCCCUCCCCUUGGCUGAUUGUCCACAGUACUGGGGAGACGGAGACCAGGGUCGGACUGGACAAAACACUCACAGGAGCAAACUCAUCCUGGAGGUUGGUGUCUGUGCUGAGGGAGAGAGGGACAUGA